GGUUCGCUCCGACCGGAGGAACCGUACGUUCGUUCCCCGUCCGUUGGCAGCGUCCGAAAUUUGAAACAUCCCAAGCAAAGCGAAGCCCGGAGAAGCAAGGGCCGCAAGACCAUUUUUCCCCAUUAAAAAUUGGGUGGAAAAGGCCUCGCCUUUGGCCUGCGCGAUUCGAGAUUUCGGAGCACCGCGGCGGCGGCCGGAUCGGGGUGGCGGCGCGGUUCUGUCGCCGCUGUAGCGGAGCGGAUGCGCCGCGCCCCGGGAGAGACCAUGACCACUUCUCCCCCAGCGCAAAAACUCCUUGUAGACCUUAAGAGGGGCCUGACAUUGUGAUGAUUCUUUCGGCCCUUCCCUUGCAUUCACUACAAGUGGGGAUUGAGGUUUCAGUCUUCACUUACAAUGACGAGUGAAGGGCUGAUGACUUCGAAGGGCACAGAGGCUUCAGCUCCUGAUGUUCCUCCUGAUGAAGGAGUCAGAAGAGAACCUCGAAAGGGGCGAUUGCCCAAUGGGAGGAUAACUGGUCCAGCACGCCGCUCAUCGAAGGGAAACUGGACUGCAGAAGAGGAUGACAUACUUCGCAAAGCUGUUGAAACUUACAAAGGGAAAAAUUGGAAAAAGAUAGCUGAAUGCUUUCCAGGUAGGACCGAUGUUCAAUGUUUGCAUAGGUGGCAGAAGGUUUUGAACCCUGAACUUGUUAAAGGGCCAUGGUCCAAAGAAGAAGAUGAGAUCAUUAUUCAGAUGGUAAACAAACUUGGGCCGAAGAAAUGGUCAACCAUUGCCCAAGCUCUGCCUGGACGGAUUGGAAAGCAAUGUCGAGAAAGAUGGCACAACCAUCUUAAUCCAGGGAUCAAUAAGGACGCUUGGACACAAGAAGAGGAAAUCAAGCUCAUCCAUGCUCAUCAAACCUAUGGAAACAAAUGGGCUGAACUGACAAAGUUUUUACCAGGAAGGACAGACAAUGCAAUAAAAAAUCAUUGGCACAGCUCGGUGAAGAAGAAAAUUGAUUCAUACAGAGCAUCUGGUUUACUGGCUCAAUUGCAGGGCCUAGCACCUAUUGAAUACACUACUUGUGGUUUAAGUGUUGAUUCUUCAUCUGCAACGACCAACCAAAUUAGUGAAGACAGUGGUCUAAAUGUUUUCCGGGAGGUGGAAGAUUCGACAGACUUAAGUCAAUCAUCGUUUGCCAAGGGUUCUUGCUCUCAGGAGGAGCAAACUGAUGUGGCUCUGGGAUCUCAUUUAAACGUGCAUGAAUCAUUGUGUCAGGAUGGCACUAAUGCUGACAAUGCUGCUUCUGCAUUACCUGAGAUGCAUCAUCAGUUAUCCACUUCUGACAUGGAUCAAGAUAAACACUUCCAGGACGAUUUAUCUCAAGGAAUGGAUUUGGAUAAACACUUGCAGUUGCAGCAAGAGUUUUCUCAAGGAAUGGAUUUGCAUGUUGACAUAGAUGAAGUGCCAAACAAUUUUGUGAUAACAGAUAGCCAGGCAUCCAAUGAGCUUACAGGUCAAUUUCAGGACACACAGAUUAUGCAUAGUUCAGAAAAUGAUGGGGUAUCUUUGAUACCAUAUGCUGUAACACCAUGUGUUUCCAUCUUACCUAGUGUUCCUGGAUGUGAGAAUAACAUAAAUAUGAUGUGUGAAGUGGGCGUAAAAAAUGGGGAUUGUUUCCAGUCUGAACAGUGGCAGAAUACUUCCAUUCAACCAAUUUCACAUCCUUCUGAAGCUGCAAGCAACUUUUCAGCACCACUUUAUCCAUCAUUGCAGACAUCUGAACCUGCAACAAUGAUGGGCGACCCUUUGUAUUAUCAGAGUUCUGUAACAUCAUUGCCACCAUCCUUCAUUUCUUCAGAUGGCGCUUCCAAUGCAUCUGAUGUCAAAUUUGAGACGAGUCGCUAUCCUGUUUCUCACCAAGAUUUGGAGAUUAAAACAUGCCACAAUUCUUCAGGUGAUCCUGAUCAAAGUUCAUAUAUUAGCAGAGAAGGUGACAGAAACAGGACUUCUGAACCAAUAGACAGCAUACCAGAUUCUGAAAAGAAACAGCUGGUUGAUCUUGAACAAUCAUGUUUGGAGCCUACAACCUACAUUGGAAAAGAAGCACUAUCAAGUCAUGGUGACUCUGUAUUAAGAGAAAAGGAGAAUGCUGGAGCUUUAUGCUAUGAACCUCCUUGCUUUGCAAGUUUUGAAGUUCCCUUUGUCAGCUGCGAGCUUGUAACCUCUAGUGAUCUCCCAGAAUACAGUCCUCUUGGCAUUCGAGAGUUGAUGAGGUCAUCCUUGAAUUUCCCUACCCCAGUAAGAUUGUGGGGCUCCCCUACUCGUGAUGGUAGUCCUGAUGCUGUGCUAAAAAAUGCUGCCAAAAGUUUUGUGUGCACCCCAUCCAUAAUGAAAAAACGGCCAAGGGAUCUCUCAUCUCCAAGUCCUGAUAUAAGAAAUGAAAAGAGAUUGAAUACUGAAAAGGAUUGUGGGAGGUCAGUCAUGUCCUCUACAAGAAUUGGGAAAUCUUUCAUGGAUACUCCUGAUGAUUUUGUUGAUUUAGUUUCACCGACAAGGAAAACUGCAUUUCAAAAGAAGCUCAAGCUUUCUCAAGAAAACAUAGAAAAUUUAAAUCAAAUUACUGAUCAGGGAGAACAUGAAGGCAAUGCAAAGCAUUCUGCAGGGAUUCUUACUGAUAGCAGUGUCAACAACCUCAAUACACCUAAGCAUGGUCCAAAUUAUGAAAGUCAGAGGCUAAAUACCAGUGCAAAGGCUUGGUCUAACUCUAAAGAUAUAAUAUUUUCUAGAUCAAAGCCAUCUGAACUUCUCGUUGAGAAAUCUAUACCCUGCAUUGAUGCAGAUUACGAGUAUGUGAACAUAUUGGCUGAUACUCCAGGUAUUAAAAGAGGCUUAGAAUCUCCUUCUGCAUGGAAGUCUCCUUUCUUCACACCAUUCCAGGAUGCAUACUUCAUGAGCCCAGCAAGCAGAGCUUUUGAUGCCUUAGGAUUGGUGAAGCAGAUUAAUGAGCAGAGUGCUGCUGCUUUGGAGGAAGCGCAUGAGGUUCUGGCAAGUGGUAGCCCAUGGAAGCGACACUGCAAGGAAAACAAUGACAAAGAAAAUACAGCUUGGAAGAACGAAGUUGGAACAAGCAAACCUCCAUCCAAACCCAUGGCAGAAGGACGGGUGCUUGAUUUCAAUGAAUGCUCCACACCUGUGAGGAUGAAAGAAGAUAAGAAAGUGGACCUCGCUUUAGGAGGAUCUGCAAGCUCCCCUGUUGGUUCCUCUUAUCUUCGGAUGAAUGUGCGGUAGAUCUUUAUGGGAGAGUUGGGAAUACUUUACCGAUGCUGUUGAUCAGUAUGUACAUGUCUGUUGUUCCCAUACCCCCACCCUCCUCUUUUUGAUAUACACAUUCCAUUAGCCCCUUGUUCUUUGUACUUGGGCAUUCUGAAAGUCAAUUCUAAAAGGCAACACAGUUUGUGUAAUGUUUAGAGUCAUGUAUUGUUUGAAUUAAGUUAUAUCUUGAGGGUAUAUAUUUAA